CUUCUCAACCCCACGCCAUCUUCAUUUUAUCCAUUUCUUCUCUCUCUUAGGGUUAGGGUUUCACUCUCUCUCUUUAGAGCUUGCUUUUUGGUUUUUUGGUUUGUCUUUUUCUCUACAGAAGGUACGGUACGGUAUAAUGGCGCAGCAGGAGGUGCAGAACGGAGGAGCAGAGAAGGCGGCAGCGUGCGAUGCCGUUGUGUCGUUCACGGCCGUGAAGCCGCGGGUGCUGGUCGAGGCUCCGAAGGCGAACGACGCCGUGCAGUUCUACAAGACCGCGUUCGGCGCUGAGGAGCUCGGCCGUACCACCCACCCCAAGCGCAAGGCCGAGCAGGAGCUCCCCCUCGUCCUCUCCGCUCAGCUCAAACUCGGUGGCUCCACCAUUAUUGUCUCUGACGUCGUUGCUGACUCUGCUGCUCCGGCCAAGACUGAGGGGACCGGAAUCACUCUCUGCCUGGAGACCGAGAACGUCGAGGCUGCCAUCGCGAAGGCCGUGAAAGCCGGAGCUUUCGCCGUGGGGGAGAUCGAGGAAGAUGAGGGCGCGUGCUUUGGCGGGCGCGUCGGCAAGGUGAAGGACCCCUAUGGGCUCGUCUGGCUCAUCAGCACACCGGCCAAAAAGACUUGCGUAGACGUGGACGCUUGAUGCCCGUCGGAUCUUAUCAACACCUGUCCUCUCUUUUGUUGGCUUCGUGUGGGACCCCCCUUAUCAGAAGAAAAGUUUCGUUUCUAGCUGUUAGGAUUAGGUGAUCAUAGGUUUUUAGGCCUAGUAGCUAUAAUAGCCUUUGAUACGGCCUUCAUGAUGGUUUCGUCGUUUUGAAAAAAAUUAAAAAUGUCUCUCUCUGGACACCUGGCGGUUAACUGAAUUUCGUUACUUAUAUCCACUCUCUUGGUUUAAUAUUGACGGCAUCUUUUCGGUUCCCCUUC